AUGGCAACAACACACGUCGACGCCAGCGAAACUGCCAAGACGCUGUCUCAAAGACUUACUUAUCUACCUCCAACUUCCUCUUCCACGUUCGCAACCGUCUUUACGCCUUCGUAUUCUACACCCAUCUGUCUGCGAAAGCCUACCCGACAUCACACGUUCCGUUCCAGUGAACAACUGAGAGCCACUCCUAUACCCCUAAACAACUUGACCAUCAAAAUCACACCGAAAAUGCCUUUCUUCUACUCAAAGCACUUUGGCGGUCGCCACUUCGGCACAAGCAUCCACGCAAGUAAAAACGGCGUCCAUCGCGGUCCGUGGCGUUUCAGCUUCGGAAAAUUCAACUGCUUCAAGUCCCGCUAA